AUGGAUCAAAAUGAAUAGGCAAUUGAAUAUUUUGACAAAGCAUUGGCAGUCAAUCCGAAAUCUAUCAAUUCUUUAAAUAACAAAGGUAUAUUUAAAUUAAUUAUUUAAAGGUUUAUGCUUAUUGGAUAUGGAUCAAAAUGAAUAGGCAAUUGAAUAUUUUGACAAAGCAUUGGCAGUCAAUCCGCAAUCUUUCGAUUCUUUAUAUAAGAAAGGUAUAUUUAAAUUAAUUAUUUAAAGGUUUGUGCUUAUUGAAUAUGAAUCAAUAUGAAUAGGCAAUUGAAUAUUUUGACAAAGUAUUGGCAGUCAAUCCGCAAUCUUUCGAUUCUUUAUAUAACAAAGGUAUAUUUAAAUUAAUUAUUUAAAGGUUUAUGCUUAAUGAUUAUGGGUUAAUAUGAUUAGGCAAUUGAAUGUAAUGACAAAAUAUUGGCAAACAAUCCGAAAUCUAUAGAUUUUUUAUAUAGCAAAGGUAUAUUUAAAUUAAUUAUUUAAAGGUUUAUGCUUAUUUAAAAUGGGUCAAUAUGAAUAGGCAAUUGAAUGGUUUGAAAAAGUAUUGGCAGUCAAUCCGUAAUCUUUCGAUUCUUUAAAUAACAAAGGUAUAUUUAAAUUAAUUAUUUAAAGGCAAAUGCUUAUUUAAAAUGGAUCAAUAUGAAUAGGCAAUUGAAUGGUUUGAAAAAGCAUUGACAGUCAAUCCGCAAUCUUUCGAUUCUUUAUAUAACAAAGGUAUAUUUAAAUUAAUUAUUUAAAGGUUUAUGCUUAUUUAAAAUGGGUCAAUAUGAAUAGGCAAUUAAAUUCUUACGCAUGUGUACAAUCAUCAAUCCAUAAUUGGGAUAAUAAAUUCAACAUUUAAUUUUAUAAUCAGUUUAAUACUUAUGA